AUGGCUUCGCUUCGGCCAUGGAGCGCGCCUUUGCGCCUCGCUGCGAAGUCUCUCCCCACUGCUGUGCGGACGACGACUGUGCGACACAGCUCAUCCAGCAGCUCAACCUCUGCCAUCGCCUACAAGGCCCUGCGCCGCCGCUCGGCUCCUCUGCCCAUCACCGACACCCCCCCAGCCUGGUCGGCCCAGGCCGCCGUCUCCAACAUUCUCUAUGAGACGCCCACGCCCUCCAUGGCGCCUCCGAAGCGUCACAUCCUCAACUGCCUGGUCCAGAACGAGCCGGGUGUGCUCUCUCGUCUCUCCGGUAUUCUCGCUGCCCGGGGUUUCAACAUUGAUUCUCUGGUUGUGUGCAGCACCGAGGUGGAGGAUCUGUCUCGCAUGACCAUCGUCUUGACCGGCCAGGACGGCGUUGUCGAGCAGGCCAGAAGACAGUUGGAAGACCUGGUGCCUGUUUGGGCUGUGCUGGAUUAUAGCGACGCCGCUCUGGUCCAGCGCGAACUUCUUCUUGCCAAGGUCAACAUUCUCGGACCUGAGUACUUUGAGGAGCUGCUGGCCCAUCACCGCGAAAUCAGCAACGGCGAGCACGAUGGCGAGCCUACCAACGAGUUUGAGCGAACUCUCGAAGAGUCGGCCAAGGACUUCCACCCUGGCAAGCUAGCUGCCAGUGAGGCUCUCCGACACAAGCAUGAGCACUUGAAGACCAUCACCUACUUCACCCACCAAUUUGGAGGCAAGGUGCUGGAUAUUAGCACUACCAGCUGCAUUGUUGAAGUGUCCGCUAAGCAGUCGAGAAUUGACUCAUUCUUGAAGCUGGUUUCUCCCUUUGGAAUUUUGGAAUCUGCCCGUACCGGUCUGAUGGCCCUGCCCAGGUCACCACUCGCCAAGCACACCGAGGAGCCUAUUAUCAAGGAUGCCGACGAGAUUGUUGAUGCAAGCCAGCUUCCUCCUGGUUAA